AUGUUACGUCAAAUCAAACCCCGUAAUGCUCGCAGCAAGCGCGCUCUCACCAAAAAAGCACCCAAGCCAGUCGAGAACCCAAAAACCGCUCUCUUUCUCCGUUAUACAACAUGUUCUCAACCUACUCAAGACUGCCUCACAGAUCUUCAUACCCUUCACUUACCUCUCGCAAAGAAAUUCACCAAGAAGAAUAGUAUUCAUCCAUUCGACGAUCCUUCUUCCCUUGAGUUUUUCUCCGAGAAGAACGAUGCUUCCCUCUUAGUUUUCGGUUCCUCAUCUAAGAAACGCCCACAUUCUAUUACCUUCUGUAGAAUGUUCGAUUAUAAAGUUUUGGAUUUGUUAGAGCUGAAUCUUGAUGCGGAUUCGUUCAGGACUUUAAGUCAAUUCAAGAACAAGAAAUGCGCCGUCGGAUUAAAGCCUAUGAUUUUGUUCUCGGGUACUCCAUUCGAGAGCCCCGUUUCCGACGAAUAUACACUUGCGAAAUCGAUGUUCCUCGACUUCUUUAAGGGAGAGCCAGCAGACAAGGUGGAUGUGGAGGGUCUUCAAUACAUCGUUUCCAUCUCGGCCAGGGAUAGCGUAGACGGAGAGGAAGAGAAACCAAAAAUCCAUCUCAGAGUAUACUUGAUAAGGACCAAGAAGAGUGGUCAUAAGUUACCAAGAGUUGAGGUUGAGGAGAUGGGACCAAGAAUGGAUUUCAGAGUUGGCAGAGUCAAGGAAGCCGAUGAGAGCAUAAUGAAGGAGGCAAUGAGAAGAGCAAGAGGAAGUGCAGAGAGACCAAAGAAGAAUAUCACCACGGAUAUUGUUGGUGACAAGAUGGGUAGAAUACAUCUUGGUAAACAAGACUUGAAGGAGUUGCAAACCAGAAAGAUGAAGGGAUUGAAGAGAAGCAGAGAUGUAGCUGAUGAUGAUGAGGGUGGGGACGAUGAUGAGGAUAUUGUUAGUGAUGACGAGCCUGUGAAAAGGUCAAAGAAGGCAUGA